CUCUGGACUCUGCCCAGGAAUUUGCACUAAAAAGAGAAGACAGGCCAAAGUGCAAGCAGGUUGAAUUCAUUCGGUCCCCGUGGAAACAACGCGCUUCUGUCCAUCCCUGAGAGUAACUCGUUCACCACAAAGAUCCGGAAGGUGCAGCACAUGGAGGACGACGCACCCAGACGAAGAGAGUCCAUCUCUCUCACAUUUGUGGCCAAUGGUCUGGAGAACAAGGGGGUUGAGCUCUUGGAAAGCCUGGAGGAAGGCCGGAUCCCUGGCCAUGACUCAGGCCCCGAAGAGGGUGGGGACAGCCGGAACGAGGCCAGCCCAGAGCCCUUCUCCGGAUGGAGGAGCCUGCAGCCAGCCCUGAGGGCCACCAGACGCUUCUGCAGGGAGCACGCACAGCUGUUUCAAUGGAUCUGCACAGGCCUGCUCUCUACUGCGUUCGCUGCCUUCCUGCUGACUGCUGGCCUCCUGGAUUUCCAGAGGGCCCUGGCGCUCUUUGUCCUUACCUGUGUGGUCCUUACCUUCCUGGCCCAUAGCCUGCUGAAGAGGCUGCUAGGGCCCCGACUGCUGAGGUGUGUCAAGCCCCUGCGGCACUGCCGCCUGAGCUUCUGGGUUGAGAGGGGUCUGGCCCUCGCUGCUUUCCUGGGCUUGAUCCUGUGGCUGAUUCUGGACACGUCCCAGCGACCUGAGCAGCUAGUGUCCUUUGCAGGAAUUUGCGUGUUCAUCGGUCUCCUCUUUGCCUGCUCGAAGCAUCACUAUGCAGUGUCCUGGAGGGCUGUGUCCUGGGGCCUUGGACUACAGUUUGUGCUUGGACUCUUCGUCAUCAGAACAGAACCAGGAUUUAUUGCAUUCCAGUGGAUGGGCAACCAGAUCCAGAUCUUCCUGAGCUACACGGAUGUCGGUUCCAGCUUCGUGUUUGGGGAGGCGAUGGUCAAGGGUGUCUUCGCAUUUCAGGUUCUGCCCAUUGUCAUCUUCUUCAGCUGUGUCAUGUCAGUUCUGUACUAUGUGGGCCUCAUGCAGUGGGUGAUUCAGAAGAUCAGCUGGCUGAUGCAGACCACCAUGGGCACCACGGCCACUGAGACCCUGAGUGUGGCGGGGAACAUCUUUGUGAGCCAGACCGAGGCUCCUCUGCUGAUCCAGCCCUACUUGGCAGACAUGACGCUCUCUGAAAUCCAUGCUGUCAUGACCGGAGGCUACGCCACCAUUGCUGGGAGUCUGCUGGGUGCCUACAUCUCCUUUGGGAUCGAUGCCGCCUCCCUGAUUGCCGCCUCCGUCAUGGCUGCCCCUUGCGCCCUGGCCCUCUCCAAGCUGGUCUACCCCGAGGUAGAGGAGUCCAAGUUCAGGAGCCCCGAAGGGGUGGAACUGACCUGCGGAGAUUCUCAGAACCUCCUAGAAGCAGCCAGCAGUGGAGCUGCUGUCUCUGUGAAGCUGGUGGCCAACAUUGGAGCCAACCUGAUUGCCUUCCUGGCGUUGCUGGCCUUCAUCAAUGCGGCCCUCUCUUGGCUGGGAGCCAUGGUGGGUGUCCAGGAGCUCAGUUUCCAGCUCAUCUGCUCCUACGCCCUGCGGCCUGUGGCCUUCUUAAUGGGUGUGGCCUGGGAGGACUGCCCGGUGGUGGCUGAGCUGCUGGGAAUCAAACUGUUCCUGAACGAGUUCGUGGCCUACCAGGGGCUCUCCCAGUACAAGCAGCGCCGCCUCUCUGGAGCUGAGGAGUGGGUCGGCCCCAAGAAGCAGUGGAUCUCUGUCAGAGCAGAAAUCCUCACAACGUUCGCCCUCUGUGGAUUUGCCAACUUCAGUUCCAUUGGGAUCAUGCUGGGAGGCCUGACCUCCAUGGCCCCCCGACGGAAGAGCGACUUCUCCCAAAUAGUGCUCCGGGCACUCUGCACGGGGACCUGUGUGUCCCUGGUGAAUGCCUGCGUGGCAGGGAUCCUCUAUGUGCCCCGGUGGAUUGCAGCUGAUUGCAGGACCCUCCUGAACGCGACCCUCAGUAACAGCAGCUUUGAGGUGUAUCAGUGCUGCCGCCAGGCCUUCCAGAGCACCAGCCCAGAGGUCAGCCGAGGGGCUCUGGACAUCUGCUGUCGAUUUUACAACCACACGAUCUGUGCGUAGCGGGGACAGCCCGUCUUUGGCCUUCUGGGGGCCGUCCCCACCUUUCUCUCUACAGGCCUGUCCUGGGGGAAGCCACGGGACUUAGACUCCCCUCGGUCAUACAGUUGGAAAGGAGUGAUGGGGUGAGCGGGCAGGUGAGAAGUGAGGGAUGCCCCCCAAUCCUUGCCCCCUUCCUGCUCCUUCUGGAAAUAUGAAUUCUCGGAGCCACCUCAGCCUCCUCUUCUCUCCCCUCCACAUCCCCACAGCACCCUGGUCUUCUCUGUCUCCCCACUGUGCAUCUCUCCUAUGCACCCUUCCCUCCAGUUAUGGGGUCCCUCCCCCUGGGCUUUGCAGCUGCCUCCCCCUUCUUCUGCUGGCACUUGAAUCUUGCCCUGGCUUGCCCUGGUCAGAUGGGUUCUCCUGGGAACCCUCUUUGGAGGUUCCCCUGCUGCCUUUGCCCACCGCACUUCCCAAACUGGUAUCCCAUGGAACACUGUCUCCACAAGGUGUUUGGAAGAUUCCAUGACUCACCAGGCUUGGAAAACAAGGGCUAAAUAAACUUAGAAGGGCUUUGCUUUUGUGGUUGUUUUUGUUUUACUAUGGGCUCCUCAAAUCUUGAUUCAGAGAUUAUAGGAGACAUUUUCCAAAUUUAUCCCACCAUAAGAACCUUUUUGAUGGGAGCUUCUCUUAGUUGAGGACCCCGUGGAACACAAUUUGGGAGAUACUGAUUAAUGUUCCAACUCCAUAAUUUUAACUCUCAUGACUCUCUACAUAGCACUGCGUGCCAGGCACUGUUCUGGGUACUUUGUACAUUCUAAUCAACCUUGACAACAACCUUAUGAAGUCAGGUACUAUUAUUAUCCCUGGCUGAGGAAUCAGAGGCCCAGAGAAGUUAAGUAACUUGCCCAAAGUAAUACAACUAGGAAGAGGAAGAGGCAAGAUUUGAACCCAGGUCAUGCAGCUUCAUAAGCUUUGUUUAACUCUUGGCUAGGCUGCCUGCAUUCAAGGAACUCGGUUGGGUGACUUGCCCUGACCUCCUCCCCCUGCUGUUUCUCCCUGGCGCAUACCUGCUCUUCUGCUGGGCCAGGCUUCUGAUUUUUACCUGCCUCUGAGCCUUCGUUCCUGGUGUCCCUGUCAUCCGGCAUGCCCUGUCCCUCUCUCUCUUUUGCCUGUGCUGCUCCUCCCUCAUUCUCACUUCCCCAGGGGCUUUGGCUGAGUGACUUGCGAUGCACCUGUCCCUGUGGCCACCGAGCCGCUGCUCCCUCACUCACCUGUGUCACCUCAGGCUUCCCAGCUGCAGUCAGCCUUGGGCUGAGACUGGUCAGCACUCUGCUCUGUCAUAGAGUUUGGUUUCCCUGGGCACUGGCCUUGCUCCUUGGGACCCCCACAGGCUCUCCUCGGGUCCUGAGUUCUUUCCUUUCGUUCUGUAGACUGGAGUCUUGGCUUGACCCCCCACACCCCACAGCUAGGCUCUUGCCCUGCUCUCUGCAGCACUUACCCUGUGCCAUCUCCCCCAAACUGUCACAGGCCACCCUCUGAUGUGGGCUGCACCACUGUCUCCAUGUGGCAGACCCCAGCCCCUUUCCUGCCUGUCCAUUGGGUCCUGUUGCUACCUGAGCACCCACACACACACACCUGGACUGAGACCCUCCUUCCAUGAACUUCCUGCACGCUCAUCCCAGAAGAUCGUAAGCUCCUAGGCCACGGGGUUCCCAGUGAUUCUGUCUCCACCUGUGAGAGUCAGCACAGGGCUGGACCCAUGAAAGGUGAUGAAUACAUGCUGGUGAAAAUGAACUGCAAGCUCUCUUAGAGCUGCCAGUGCCAUUGUGUGUGCUGCACCCUGAGGACCCACACACAUGCUCUCUGCUCUGAUCGGAGUGCAGGCACAGAUUAAGUUCUCUUUGGUCAUUGACCUUCCCUCCACCCCUCUGCGCCUUCCUCCUCAUUGGGCACCUGCAGAAGUUGGGAGCCCUUUGAGGGUGGGAUUGCAGACAUAUACUGCUCAGAGAAGUCACCGAUGCUGGGGCCAGAUGCCUGUGCUCAACUGGAUCCUAAGUCAGGACUGGCACAGACACCUGUACUUGCCCCUUCCAUGGCCAUGACAGACAUUGCUAAUCAAUCACAGUUCCCCGCACUAGAUCUGGAAAAGCGUUCAGAAUCCCCAUCAGUGUGGUGCUGGGUGAGCUCACCACCAAGUGAUCCAGGGUGCCUUUUCAGGAGAGAAUUAUUUGCUGUCCCUGUGCUAAGAAAUAGACACUAAGAACCCAAACUACCAUUGAUUUUAUGUCCCUGGCCUGGGAAGGGCUGGGGUUUUUGUAAAAGACUCUGGAAAUUAAGGGUGUUGAAAUAGGGAAGGAUCCUUUCCAAGAAUGAGGCCUGUUAUCUGUGAUCUGUCCACUCCAGGAUUAUGCACUGCUUAUUUAUUCAGUUAAGGAAUAUAAAUGGAGCACCUGCAGUAUUAGUCAGCUCGGGCUGCAUAACGAUAUACCACAGACUGGGUGGCUUAAGCAAUGGAAAUUGAUUUUGUCAUAGUUUCGGAGGCCAGAAACUCAAGAUCAGAGUGCCAGCAUGAUCCAUUUCUAGUGAUGUCUCUCUUCCUAGCUUGUAAAUGGCCACAGUCAGUGUGUCCUCAUGUGACAGAGAGAGAGAGAGACAGAGAGCUCUCUGGUGUUCCUUCUUAUAAGGGCACUAAUCCCAUCAUGGGAAUGCCACCCUCAUGACCUCAUGUAACUCUACUUACAUCCCAGAGGCCCCAUGUGCAAAUACGUUUGAGGUGAUGGCUUCAACAUAAAUUUGGGGUGGGGGGGGAUACAGUUCAUUCUAUAACACCUACUAUGUGCCAAAUUCUGAGCUAGACAAGGGAAUAUCAGUGAACUCAAAUCUGAUGAGCUAAAGAACUGGAAUCUACCUUCAAGAAGAGGUUAGCUGGGAAGGGAGGCCCCACCAGAGACAGAAGGUGGCUCCCAGUAACAUGACAUUGAGAGGAGGGAAGGGGAAAAGAUCUUCAGCAGAGCUUCUUGGGCAUCCAUAGGUGGCCUGGCCAAUGGCAUUUUUCUUGGCUUUUAGUAUAUUAGAAAGUGAAAAUAUGCCAGAAUAGGAUUACACAGAUUGUGUUUUAUAUUGUCAUAUUUUAAUAGAAUAUACUAUAAUAUUGGGUUCUUCACAAGAUUAAUGACAGGAUUUAUUUUCAAGUAAAGCCCAUAUUGAAUAAGAAGCCAUUUUUAUUAAUAUCAAAAAUUGCACUGUGAUUGCAUGUUUUUAUGCAUUAGGUUUCUUGAAAUAUGUAGAAUCUGUGCUCUUCUGUAUUAAGUGUAAGAACAAUCAACAUGUAAGAUAUACUUAUUAUUUUAAACUAAGUCCUGGUGGGGGGCUCUCCUCAUGAACUUGUUUCACUAACAUGACUAUAUGAAUGACCUAAUUUGGAGAUGUCACCAGAAGUCUACACUGGGGAAAAAAAAGAAAAGAAGUUUGUAUUGGAAACCCUCCUGUCCUCCUGCUGCCCCCUGCAUGUGCCUGACCACCAGCAAAAGGAAUUGAAUGGGCUUCAGUCAUGGAAAGGUCUGAGGCCCAGAGCAUGGUGAGAGCAGACCUCUCCCAGAUGGAACAAGUGGGGCUGAGCAGACAGGGAAAUGCUAUCCCUGGGGAGCCACAGAGGGGCUGUCCGGCCUGGGGGUUGGGGGGGCAGGAAGGAACAGUAUGCUCCACAGGGAGAGGUCACACCAUGAGGUCAGUGGCAUAAGAUCUGGACAGUGGGCCAGUGGUGGGCCCUGGCCUCUGCCUCACAUCUGGGGAGCAAGCAGAUGUGAGUGAGAAGGGAGCAGCCCGGAGCACCAGAGCCCACACUCUGCUGGAGAUCAUCUCACCCAAUCCAUCCUGGACUAAUCUUGUGGUAAAAGACACUAAAAGUUACCUACUAGGAAAAUCAUCAUCAAAUUAAAGGCGCAUGACAUCCACACCCUGGUUCUUUAUUGUUAGCUUCAGCAAACAUACAAUUACUCUGUCAAGUUGCUAUGAAGCUUCUAUGCCACUUUCAGCAUCUGUUACAUGAUUACAGACUGAGGAACACAUGUGAGCCACACUCUGAAUAACAUUGUCCUCUAGUAUUUUCUGUUAAUGAAAGCUUGCCAUUAUCUACUCAGAUGAUCUGUCCUGCAUGUCAACUCCUCCUGGGGAAAAAGCAGCAGGACUCUGGUUGGAAUCCAGGACACCUGUCUUUCAUACAAGAGAAAAAUUGCAUGGACAGUAGAAGAAUUUCAAAUAAUUUAUACAAAUACUCCCUUCAAGAGAUGGAGCAGGGCUUCUUACCCCUUAAGUGUGGGCUAUGCUUAGUGACUUGCUUCCAAAGAGUAUGGAAAUGAGGGGAGUAAGAAAGUAACUUUGCUCUAGAGAAACCUGAUAAAUGCUUCCUUAGCCAGGUGAUCAUGGUUAACAUCAUCAGUGACAAAUCCAGGUGAUAACAUAUGCCCUUGACAUGUUGGGAACAUUUCAUGUCUGUGGUCUUUCUCCCCAAGGCCCAGAACCCCUCUCUAACCAUAAGAAAGACAUCAGACAAACUCAAAUUGAGAAACAGUCUACAGAACACCUGAUCAGUAAUCCUCAAAGCUGUCAGGGUCAUGAGAAGCAAGGAAAGUCCGAGAAACUGCCACAGUCCCAAGAAGCCUAAGGAGACAUGAUGACUCAGUGUAAUGUGGAAUUGUAGUGGAUAAAUCAUGUCCCCCCACCAAAAGAUAUGUCCAAGUCCCAACUUCCAGAACCUGUGAAUGUGACCCCAGGGGAAAUAGGGUCUUACAGGUAUAAUGAAAAGAUCUCAAGAGGAGAUCAUCCUGAAUUUAGGAUGGGCCCUAAAUCCAAUGACUGGUGUCUUCAUAAGAGAAAGGAGAGGGAAAUUUGAAAUACACCAAGAAGUCCUUGUGAAGAUGCAGGUGGAGAUUGGGGUCAUCAUACUAAGACACAACCCCCACCAUGAUGACCAGCUAAGGAUGACCUUGAGCCACCAGAAACUAGAAGAAGCAGUGAGGAUUCUUCCUUGGAGCCUUCAGAGUACUCACACCCUACAGAUUUAGGACUUCUGGCCUCCAGAACCGUGAGAAUACAUUGCUGUUGUUUUAAGCUACCAGGUUUGCAGUGAUUUGUUGUGGCAGCACCAAGAAACAAAUACAGGUGUCUUGGAUGGAAUCCUAGAGCAGAAAAAUGACAUUAGAGAAAAACUAAUGAAAUCCAAAUCGAGUACAGAGUUUAGAUAAAAACACAUCAAUCUCAGCUCAUGAGUUGUGACCAUGUACUGUAGUAAUGAAAGAGGGAAACUGAGGAGUGGUUACAUGGGGGUUCUGUACUGUUUGUGCAGCCUCUAUCCACCUAAAAUCAUUCUAAACAUUUAUAGGUUUCUUUUAAGGACAGCAUUGACACAAGUGCAAGGUGAUUUGUAAUUCAGCCUGCGGGCGGCUCUAAUCUGGAUGAUACAUAUCCCAGCAGGCAGCCCACCCAAGUCACCGAGGUGACCAUGGGCAUUUCUUCCUUUUCCACCCCUUCUCCCCGAGGCCCUGCUGUCACCUCUGCCACCCCCCUCACUGUGGUUGCGGCUCAUGGCUCUGGCUGAAGAUGAAUUAGUCCCACCCUCUUUACAGUCUGCAUAAAGAACAUCAUCUUCUUGGAAUUACUUUUGACUCAGAAUCUGUGAAUGCUGAGUUUGGACAGAAACCUAAAGAUCACUUUGAGGCUGUCUGCCUUCCCAACUUUUCUGAGAAUUUUUACACCCUGUGCAUGAAUGGUCUCUGUCACUAUGAUUUUAUGUUCAAAUCAUGAGACUCCACUCUUGUGACCACCUCUGAUUGAACCAGGACUGGACACCGGACUCAGGGGGAAGCCAAACCCAUAGUCUUGCCAAUGACCCUUCAGAUUCCAAGGAAAGAAUUUGAACUAAAAAAAAAAAAAAGAAAGAAAUCUAGAAACAGAACUAGGAGCUGAGUCACCACAGUGGGGCUGGCUCCGAGCUGAUCUCAUUCCUGUACCUCUUGGAGCCUAGUUGCUCAGCUCUGCCUCACAGUUGAUGAGAGCUGAAUUCUUUACAAAAGUGCCCUCUAACCUGAGCUAAUGUGAGAGGGUUCCUUUUACUUUGUCAUCAAAAAGGAUACUGCCCAGGAGGACAGCCACUUUGCUUAGCUCCUCAUUCUGCUUGGAGUCAAGUGGUUAUUAUUGCUUGGAUACCAUCAAAACCAGACUCUCACUACCUGUCCAAGCAACCCAUUUGGACAGCUCCACUUCUUACAAGGCCCUUUUUGAUUUUGCAUCAAAAAGUAUUUCCCUUUGAUCCCAGUUUUGCCAUUCUGGGCCAUUCAGAACAAGUCCCAUCUCAUGGAUACCUCUUUAUUGUUGGUUAGUUGGUUGUUUAUGUGUUUAAUUUUAGAUUUAUUUACCAAAGGAAUACUUGCUUACAGGCCUUAAAAAGUCAAAUCUUAUAAAAACCUUAUAGACGUGUUCUAAUCCCUUUUCCAUAUGUCAGGUCUUCAACUGUUUGAAGAUGGCAAGCAUCCAGUCUUCCCUUUUCUGAGCUGGGACCUUUAGUCCUUUUAUUUGUUUCUCACCUUGCACACAAAUUUGCCCCAGACCUGAUUCUUAGCUGUUCUACCUUCAUAUGCAGACAGUGUUGAGUCAAGAGCAAGUUUCAUAUUGAAGCCAGAACACCGGGUGAUAAAUGUGAUCUCAUGGGUGUAACCAAGAUGAUGUGAUGGGAUUAGAGAUUGGAUGUAGCCUAGCGAGCAUAUUUAAAAGAGGCGGACCUAUGAGGAGAGUGUUAAGAAUCUACAUGCCUGCUUCAGAAACACUCCAAGCUGAGGGCUUUUGUGUGUUGAGGGUGAAAUGUCAGGAGGGAGAGAAGAGGAGAAAGUCCUGUCCCAGAGCACAGAUGGGACCAGAGAUAGGCUAGGAAUGGGGUGGGUGGGAUCUGAUCUCUUGGGACAUCUGUUAGGACUCCUACUUGCCUACCAUCAAGGGUACAACAAGUUUAUAACUUGCCUGGGGGGUGAUUUCCAUCCCCAGAGGUAAAGGGAAUUGUUGCUUUUUUUAAAGGUUUUUAUUUAUUUUAAAAUUUUAUUUAUUCACGAGAGACACACAAAGAGAGGCAGAGGGAGAAUUAGGCUCACUGCAGGGAGCCCGAUGCAGGACUUGAUCCCAGGACCCCAGGAUCACACCCUGAGCCAAAGGCAGAUACUCAACCACUGAGCCACCCAGGAGUCCCCAGAUUUUUAUUUUUAAGUGAUCUCUGCACCCAAUAUGAGGCUUGAACUUAUAACCCAGAUCAAGAGUUGUGGGCUCUGCUGACUGAGCCAGCACCAGCCAGGUGCCCCAGAAAUUGCUGCUUUGGACCAAGUUCUGACAAAGAUGUGUAAUGGUGAAGUGGGAGGAACCAUGGCAGCAGAGACUUUGUGAUGUAAAGUGAAGUGGGGGCUGGCACGGCCAGGCACUCAGUCCACACUUGGAGAUAAAGGCGUUCUGGAAGAAGAUUCUGAGAGGAAAGUCGGCUCUUGAAUGGAACUCUGGUUCUGCCGUAGGAGAUGUCCCAAUGAGAAAGGGAGACAGAUAACAAAAGAAACAAACACAAACAUGAAUGAGUAGCAGGAACCCGGUUUAUAAGCUCAGAAUAUUAAAAUAAGAGGCACCAAGAUCUGACCAAAGGACACAUGACCCAGCAUAUGCAAUAUAGCUGGUGGUCCUCCCAUAGUUCUUCUCCCCACGUUUUCCUUUAGAAAUCACUAAAGGUCUAGCUGGGCAAAUGGACAGCUAGCAUAAAGACUACAUUUCUCAGCUUUGCUUGCAACUAGGUGUGGCCACAGGACUAGGAUCUAGUCAACUGCAUGUGAGUCAAGUAGGCAGCCUCUGGAUCGUGUGUUAGAAAAAGGGUCAGAAGACUUUCUGAAAGGGCCAGAGAGUAAAUAUUUUAGGUUUUGUGGUCCAUAGUAUCUCUCUUGCAACUACUCAACUCUGUCCUUGUAGUUUGAAAGUAGCCAUUAGGCAAUGAGCAAAUGAGAGUGGCUAUGCUUGGAUCAAACUGGGCUUACAAAGAGUUGGUCAACCCAAAGUCUAUAGUUGGCUGACCCCUGCCUUAGAUGAAGGGGCUCAUCUUCCACGUCCCCAGUGUGUUUCAGUUUUGCUCCACAGCAUUUGGAAUACAGAUGGGAAGAUGAGCCCACUUAGAUGGAGACGAAUUCCAAUCCUUAAAGAUGGGGCAGCCACAGGUUAGAAAGCAUAUGGGUCUCUAGUGUCCUUGUAGAGCGGGGCUGCCAUGACAGUGCAGACCCCCUGUGGUCCAAGAAUGAUGUUUCUCUUGUUUACAUCAUCACCUGGUGUCUUCAUUACACACACCCUACCAAUGGACAAGAAGAACAAAGCAGGCGGGAAGAAAGAGCAAGUUUGCCUCUUCCCCAUGGGGUUCCUGAUGAACAAAUGGGAAACAAGAUAUUAUUAGCCAGGUGCUAAUAAUCCCCAGCAUUCCUGAUUCUUUGGCAAUUUGGAGCUGGUGCAUUCCACUGGAGCCCUAAAUAGGACUGCUCCCUCCGACAAAGUCCAAAUCUGGAAUGUACCACCCACCUGCCACCAAGACUUAGAAGAAGGAGAGUCCUAAUACACGUGAGAGGGAACUGGAGAGAGAGCCACGUGGCCAAGCUGCAAAAUUUUCCAAAUUAGCUUUGUCAACCUUAUAAAUAAAACCACCAGUUAUUUUACCAGCAGAAGAUGGGUUUAUUUGAGAGGCGCAGAGAAUUGCAAUCCGGGACCAGCAAGAACAAAGGAGAGGUAGUAGGUUCUUUUAUAGAGGAAAGGCUGCUGAAACACCAAAGUCCAUCAGCGUAGACUGGGAUGUGGAUGUAUGGAGGCUUGUCAUUGACUGAGCUGUGGCUGGGGGAUGAGGAGAGCCUUUCUUCCUCCUGCUGGGGCAGCAACAAAGUAGUAACUGGGUGCAAGGUGAGCCAGGUACCUCUCUUGCUGUUGGAUUUGCAUGAGAGCUCCCCGUGCCCACCCCCUGACUCCCUUGUUCUCCUGAGGUCUCCCUCUGUUAAUUUUCACAGCUUCAGGGCAAGAAAGCACCAGCCAGAGAAAGAAGGAGGGAAGGAGCAAGAUAGGGUCGCAUCAACACAUCUCAGGCCCACAGAAACAGGAAAGAGGAAAGAGGCUGAUGAGCCGCAUGGAACCUGUCCGAGUUUCACAGCCUGGCCCACCGGUAAAUGUGGCUCCAGCUGAAAUGCAGCCUCUGCCCAGAUGGAUCUUGAUCCCCUCCUCUUGGAGAACAGCAUGAUGGAGCUAGAAGGACAUUCUUCCCAUCUCCAGCCAGCUCCCCAACACCGUUCACACGCCACACAUUACAAAUUAUAUUCACAGCAUAAAAAAGAAAAAGGCAGAGGUCAUCCCAUAAAGACUGUGGAACAGAUCCCACCUCCUUCUGCAGGCUUAUGUUGCUCUCUGCCUUCUUUUGGGACAGACGCUUUCCAUAUCUUUUCAAGGUGGCACAGGUGUCUCACCUGGAAGUGAGACAGGGAACAGGCACAGGUCACAGCUGCUCCCCGGACUGCAUACAGAAUGUCAAAAACUCUGCUGGGUGUCAGGAAACACGUGGUGGGGAGGGCCCUACUGCCUGCCCUGAGCCCCGGAAGCGAGCUGAGUGAGCCAGGGGCUCUAACAGGAGGCUGCUCCUGCCUUUGGGCUCCAGCUGACCAAGGACACAGUUUUCCCCAAGGAAACCCUUUCUGUUUUUCUUUCCAUUAAAAAGAGAAAAGUCACUUAGGGAUGGGAUGGGAAACUCACUUUAUAAACUAAAGAUUGCUUUUAUCUUCUGAAGCUUAGCUUCUGAAUAAGAUUCUUUUCUACUUUUAGAGACAUUGGUUGUUUAUAUUCUAACCAAACUUUUUUUUCCCCCAAAGUCAACGCCUCUAUUAGAGGAGAAAUGAACUGUAUCAAAGCUCAGGGCUUUCAAGGGAUCUUUUCUGGGCAGUGCCCUGAGGGUACGCCUGUCUAAUCUCCUCAAAUCUUCUUUGAGCCUGGGAUGGGGCACCGGAGGGAGGGGACAGUGCUGUUCUGGACAGCAGCCCUGAGUGCAGGGUGGCCAAGCUGCAAGUUGGGCCCAGGGUCAUCCUGUUAGGACAGAGCCCAGAGGUGAGAAAGCCUGAAAAGGGCAAGAGUUUCCUUGCUCACUGAAUUAUGUUCAGCUACUGGAGCUGUAAAGAGUGUUCAGGAAGCUCAAGGUGGUGGGCAGCUCUUGCCUUUUUUUUUUUUAAUGUAUCAAAAUUACUUUGCAAUUUUCCCCCAGUUUUAUUGAGAUAUAAUUGACAUAUAAUAUUGUAUAAGUUUAAGGUAUACAAUAUAGUGACUUGAGACACACACACACACACACAUAUAUUUAAGAUUUUAUUUAUUCAUGAAAGACAGAGAGAGAGGCAGAGACAGAGGUAGACGGAGAAGCAGACUCCCCGCAGGGAGCCCAAUGUAGGACUUGAUCCCAGGACGCAGGAUCACACCCUGAGCCAAAGGCAGAUGCUCAACCCCUGAGUCACCCAGGCGUCCCAAGAUAUAUAUAUUUAUAUAUCAAAGUUGACCCUUGCACAACAUGGAUUUGAACUAUAGGAGCCUACUUAUACACAGAUUUUUUUUUCAACAGAUGACAGUACCAUCCUGUAAGCUCUCUACGCUCUUAUCCAUUGUAAGGUGUGUCAGAGUCAUGACAUUGUUUCCUUGUAUCAGUGAAGUAUGGAGGUUUAUGAACAAUUUAUCUUUCUAAUAAAAAAAUAUG